AUGCAGUUUCAGCCAGUGCCUCUGCAUACAGGAGAAGAGGUGGAGUACAUACUGGCACUGAAGCAGGAGCUGAGAGACUCCAGUAAGAAUCUGCCAUUCCACAUUAGAGCAGCUAGAACAAAGACAGAUGUGACUCAUUACUCUGAUAAAUACCAAUAUGGAGAGCCAAAAAACAACACCAUUGAAUGGAUUCCAGACUGGAGUCGACUGCCAAAAGAACUUUGCAUUAAAGUACGAAAACCCUGGAAAGCAAUCGUAGGUGCCAAACCACAACUCAAGCAAAGAACAAAAAUAUCUGCAGGCAAAGAAGAGGUUCUUAAAACACUAGAGACACUAGAGGAGAAAGAGCAGCAGCAGCAUUCUGAGGAAGAGGAGGACGAGGAGAAGAAGAAAAAGGACAAUGAGGAGGAGGAGCCAGGUUGGGAUGAAGACUAUGAUGAAGAAGAGCUUGAAGAUGAGACUGAUUACAUCAUGUCUUACUUUGACAACAGAGAAGAUUUUGGAGCAGAUAGUGAUGACAAUAUGGAUGAAGCCGUCUACUAAUAUAUUUACAUAAGAGGCAUUUUAUGUAAAAUUUUUGUCACUGGGGAUGGG